AUGGGGGAAGAACACGAAAUUGAAGUAAAGUUGAAAGAAAAGAAAGAUGAGUAUGAGAGUGAAUCCAUUUCAACUAAAGCUAAAGCUAGUAAGGAAGCAAAUGAAGAGAAAGAAGAUAAAAAGAAAAUAGAAGAGAAAUAUGUGCCUCCUGCACCAUACAAGCCACCAUUGCCCUUCCCUCAGAGGUUUCAGAAAGCACAAUUAGAUAAGCAGGAGAUUUUAUCAAAUAAAAGAAGGUUGGAAGAUUAUGAAACUGUUGCACUUACUGAGGAGUGCAGUGCUAUAUUGCAGAACAAGCUCCCACCUAAGCUGAAAGAUCCUGGAAGUUUUUCCAUACCAUGUCACAUUGGAGAAACAAGUAUUGAGAGAGCAUUAUGUGACUUGGGGGCUAGUGCUAGCUUAAUGCCGCUUUCCAUAUGUGAGAAGUUAAAGGUUGGAGAUCUAAAGCCCACAACUAUUUCUUUGCAGUUAGCUGACAGAUCUAUAAAGUAUCCAAUUGAGAUUUUAGAGAAUGUGCCAUUAAAAGUUGGGAAGUUUUUCAUUCCAGUGGAUUUUAUUGUACUAGAGAUGGAGGAGGAUAUAAGAACGCCUAUCAUACUUGGAAGGCCAUUUUUAGCCACUGCAGGAGCUAAUAUAGAUGUAAAGAAAUGGAAAUUGAAGUUGACAGUGGGGGAGGAGGAAAUAGAGUUUAAUUUAUUCCAACAUUCCAAGGAACCAGCUGUGAUGAAUUCUUGUUAUAGGGUAGAUGUUAUAGAGCAUGAUGCUGAAACUGAAGUUACUAAACUAGAGGAAAAUCAAGCUAUUCCAAUGCAAUGCAAUCAGCAUAAAGUGCGAAAGAAAAAGUCAGCUUCACCACCUCAUUUGAUUAACAAUUAA